GCUCCGCUCUCGUGUUUCAUUUGCGGCGGGGGGAUCGGCCGCGGCAAGGAGCUGAAGCUGCAGGUAAAGCAGCCUGCUCCGGGGCGCGGAGAGGCGGCCGGAGCCGGGGCCGGAGCGGCCGGGCCCGGGGGCAGCCUGCAAGCCCAGCCCUUCUUCCCCUUCCUGCAGCAGCAGGAGCCGGCGCCCGGCGCCCGGGAAGUGUCCCCUGCGGAUGGCUGCGUGCUGGUGUGCGCCGUGUGCCGCUGCUUCCUGGGCGAGCAGUGGGCAGCGUUCGAGCGCUCGAGGACCCCCGUGGAGAAGCGCAUGUACUGGCUCAAGAGGCCCUACCAGUGCGAGGCGGGCGGGGGCGCUCCGGGCCGCCGCGCAGCGGCCCCCCAGGAGUGGAACCUCUCCUACGCCCUAGAGCCGGGCGAAGAGGACGAAGACGAGGACGACGACGAAGGGGAGGGGGCUGGAGGCGACGGCGGCGCCAGGAGGGGCGCCCGCCCCCCCCAGGAGGAGGCACACGACUCUGAUCUAUCUUCCCUCUCGGACACAGACCACCUCUCAGAGCCAGAGCCCGCCCCAGGCCCGGCCCCCAGGGACCAGGGCAGCCCAGGCUACGGCCCGCCCCCGCCUAAGGAAGCGGGCGGGUGUCCCCAGCUGCUCAAACCUCCUUCAGCCCCUCCCCAGGGCGUCCUCCGCGGACCCGGGACAGGGGUGCUCAUGGGGCGAUUCAGAGAGUGGCCUCCCUCAGCAGUACCCCCCACACAUACUGGCUCAGAUAAUCCCAUCCCUGGAGAAGGGGGUGUGGAGGGGCCAACUGUGCAACCCGAUCCUGGGCGCAAAAUGGGCACCAGGAGGAAGAAAAAAGGAACAGCAAGGCACUGGGUCCCCGAAGACAGCCCCAGUGUCCUGCGGGGCAUUCAAGGCAACUGGCGGGGACCACCUUUCCAUGGCCCCCCGGGAGAUGGUCCGAAGAAUAACAUUAGCUUCUUGGCUGCCAGCCAGGGGCGGGCAUCCCAAACCCCAGGUCCCAAGCAGCUUCCCGAAAGUCACGGGGGGUAUUGUACCUCUGAGGAGGGUGAGAUCAAUAUCACCAGCGAUGAGGAAGACCAGAAGAAGCAGACCUUCCCCAACCCCUGUAGUCGCUGGGAGGUUGCCCCAAAAGGUGGUGGCCUGGCCGACAAGGAGAAUGGGAGCAGCAGUAAUACAGUGUCCCGAGACCCCUGGGCUCCUGGCCCAGAGAACACCUGCUGCUACAUCUGUGGCAACCUUCUAACCCUGGCCUCUCAGCACCAGAUUCAUGUUCAGAAGCAGGAGAAGACUUCCCAGGCCCCUUUCUUUCCUUUCCUGUGGCUGCAUACCCCACCCCCUGGGGCCUUGCCUAUCACCCCUGGGGGCAGCACCCUGGUGUGCUCCUGCUGCUUCUCCUCCCUCAUGCAACAGUGGCAAAGCUUUGAACUGGCCAAUGUACCGGUCCUGCAGAGGCUUUAUGUGGUGCCUCUGAACCCAGGGAUGCCUUCCAAAGGGAGGAGGCCUUUGAAGGAAGAGGGAGCCCCUGCUGGCCCUCAGCAGGAGGCCUGCUACCUCUGUGGGGAGGACUGUGCCCGGGAUUCCCGGACAGUGCCCACCAGAAUCAUCAACGGUAGUGCCAAGAACACUAUGCAUUUCCCUUUUGUGAAUCUCCUGCCUUGUCCGCCCAAUGCUAAAGGACUUAACAGGCACUGGGAAGUCCACAGCUGCCCGAAGUGCUAUGGGGUGCUGGAAGACAUUUGGUCCAUGUAUAGGGCUUGCCGGAAUGAGGAGCUCAUAAACUCAGUGCAGAGUUUCCUGGGGAGAUACCAUCAGGUGUUUUCAGCCACUGAUUCAGGGGGGCUAGCAGUACAUCCCUCAGUGAAAGGGGGCCCAUUGUCGGUGUGCUAUAUCUGUGGGGCUGAGCUGGGGCCUGGGAAGGAGUUUCAGCUCAAUGUGAACCCUCCAAGUCGCUUUGGGGAGAAGGAACCUUUCUUCCCAUUCCUUACAGUCUAUCCUCCAGCCCCCCGGGCCAGGCCGGCUGAUUCCACUGGGCUGGUGGCCACCUGUGUGCUCUGCUACCAUGACCUGCUAGGACAGUGGCUCCAGCAUGAAGGGAGAAGCUCCCACCACCCCAUCAGCGCCUGGUCCCGUCAGUACAAAGUGGAGACCUUCGUCUGCUUCUUCUGCCAGCAGGAGAAGAAGCGAUGCCUUGGAUUAAAAGCUGUGCGGGUGGCCCGGCUGCCCAUGUUCCUCUACACCCUGAGAGCCGGGCACAGUCUGCUUGUAGAUGAUGGCAAGCAUCUGAUCAUCGGGGCUUGCAUGGAGUGUGGCACCGUGGUGUUUGCUGGCAAAGCUCUGACCCACCCGGGAGUGCUGGUCAGGGCCUCCCCGGCUGCUACACAGAAGGCUUCUUCCUCUUCCCUUGAGACUUCGAUUACUACAAAGCCCCCUGUCAAGGAUGUAGAUGUACUCCCAGGGGCACCAGACAACCUGGACAGAAACAACAGGACAGCACAGGAGGCCAUCUCCAGCUCCAACCAAUGCCAGCUGAGUGGAAUGGAUACAGAGAGCGCCGACCUUGGAGGCAUAACAGCUCCGGUGGUCACUUCACAUUGUGCUGGAGAUCUUUCUGCUUCUGGCGCCCAAGGAGGUCAGUCCCAGGGUUGGCCUAGCUGGUACAGAGAGGGCAUGAGCCAUGAGCCAAAGUCCCCUUCACUAGGAAUGCUCUCAACAGCGACUCGGACCACAGCUACCGUCAGCCCCCUGACCCCUUCUCCUCUCAAUGGCUCCCUCGUACCCAAUGGCAGCCCGGCAGCCACCAGCAACCUGUCGGUCCAAGCAGCGCCCUCUUCCAGCUUCGCCGCCGCCCUGCGCAAACUCGCAAAGCAGGCAGAGGAACCAAGAGGGUCUUCAAUAAGCAGUGAGUCUUCCCCAGUCUCUUCUCCAGCAACCAACCACAGCUCUCCUGCUAGCACGCCCAAGCGAGUGCCCAUGGGCCCCAUCAUUGUCCCUCCGGGGGGCCACAGCGUCCCCAGCACGCCCCCGGUGGUCACCAUCGCGCCAACAAAAACUGUCAAUGGUGUCUGGAGAAGUGAGAGCCGACAGCAAGAAGCAGGCUCUAGAAGUGGCAGCAGCAGAGACCGGCUGAUCGUGGAGCCGCCCCUGGCUCAGGAGAAGGCAGCAGGGCCGGCCAUCCCUUCCCACCUCCUGAGUUCUCCCUACCCCUUCAGCAUCCCCCCCAGCUCUGUCGUUCAGGACUCCCGCUUCCCACCACUGAACCUCCAGCGCCCUGUACAUCAUGUGGUCCCCCCCAGCACCGUCACUGAGGACUAUCUGCGGAGCUUCCGACCUUAUCACACGACGGAAGAUCUCCGCAUGUCCUCACUGCCGCCCAUUAGCCUCGAUCCAGCCACUGCUGCUGCCUAUUACCACCCCAGCUACCUGGCCCCUCAUCCCUUCCCACACCCCGCCUUCAGGGUGGAUGAUUCCUACUGCCUUUCAGCGCUGCGGUCCCCCUUCUACCCGAUCCCAACCCCCGGCUCGUUGCCUCCUUUACACCCGUCAGCUAUGCACCUCCACCUGUCAGGGGUUAGGUACCCUGCGGAGCUCUCUCACUUCCUCUCAGCACUGCAGACAGAGCGGAUGUCAAGCCUCACUGCAGAGAGGUUACAGAUGGAUGAAGAGCUGAGACGGGAGAGGGAACGGGAGAGAGAACGAGAGAGGGAACGGGAAAAGGAGAGAGAACGAGAAGCUGAUCGGGAGAGAGAGAAGGAGCGGGAAAGGGAGAGAGAACGGGAAAAAGAACUGGAAAGAGAGCGGGAGAAGGAGAGGGAGCGGGAAAGAGAAAAGGAACUGGAGAGACAACGUGAGCGAGCCCGAGAGAAGGAGCUGAUGGUCAAGACCAUGGAGAAUCAGUUCCUGCCAGUGUCCGAGCUGCAUGGGCUACGGGUCCUUCCAGGAGAGGAUCGGGUGAAACCUCCAGAGCAACUCACACCAAACAGACCAGAGAAACUCAAGGAGCCUGCCCUGCAGACCCCCAAGGCUGUCCAGCACCCCUUACACCCGCCUCCUGCCUCCCAUCACCCAGUGCCCAGCCUCAUCUCCAACCAUAGCAUCUUCCCCCUGCCCGGGAGCAGUGCAGCCACGGCCCUGCUGAUCCAGCGCACGAAUGAGGAAGAGAAGUGGCUGGCUCGCCAAAGGAGACUUCGGCAAGAGAAGGAAGACCGGCAGUCCCAAGUGUCAGAGUUCCGACAGCAGGUCUUGGAGCAGCAUCUUGACAUCAGCCGCCCCCCAGCUCCAGCAGAGCCCGAACAUAGGCCUGAGAACCCCAGACCGGGACCAAAUCGACAUGAGCCAAGCAACCGAGACCAGCCACAGCACUUUGGAGGGCCCCCGCCCCUCAUCUCCCCCAAACCUCAGCACCAUCCCAUGCCAACCUCACUCUGGAAUCCAGUAACCUUGAUGGAAAACACCCUAGAACCACGAAGGGUACAAGAAAACCAUUCUCUCCAUACCCACUCAGCUCCGUUUGAGCCCAGCCGACAAGCCAUCCCCUUGGUUAAGGUAGAACGAGUUUUCUGCCCUGAGAAGCUUGAAGAGGGGACUAGGAAGAGGGAGGCAAGCCUGGACAAAUACCACCCACUCAGGGAGGCUGGGCCCUUGGAACACAGUGGGUAUGCUCACGGGCCCUUCUUGGCUGAACUGGAGAAGUCCACUCAGACCAUCCUCAGCCAGCAGAGAGCAGCUCUCCCCCAGCCUGGACAGUUCCCUGACGUGAGCCUGCCCCCAAAGCCCAGCUCUCCAUAUCGGCCCCAGCUCCCCAGAGGUCCUGACCCCAUGUAUGUUUACGAUGAGUUCUUACAGCAGCAUCGGAAGCUGGUCAGCAAACUGGACCUGGAGGAGCGCAGGCGGCGGGAAGCCCAGGAGAAAGGCUACUACUAUGACCUUGAUGACUCUUACGAUGAGAGUGAUGAAGAAGAAGUCCGGGCCCACCUUCGAUGUGUUGCUGAGCAGCCGCCCCUCAAGCUGGACACGUCCUCUGAGAAGCUAGAAUUCCUGCAGCUCUUUGGCCUGACCACCCGACAGCAGAAGGAGGAGUUACUGACUCAGAAGAGGAGGAAGAGGCGCCGGAUGCUGAGGGAGCGGAGUCCAUCACCCCCAGCCGUUCAGAAUAAGCGACAGACCCCUUCCCCUAGGCUUGCACUCUCCACUCGAUACAGUCCCGAUGAGAUGAACAACAGCCCCAACUUUGAGGAGAAGAAGAGGUUCUUGACCAUAUUCCACCUGACUCACAUCAGUGCCGAGAAGAGAAAAGACAAAGAGAAACUUGUUGAAAUGCUCCAUGCCAUGAAACAGAAGACAAUGUCAGCAGCAGUGACAGACUCAGUGAAAAACGCUACGAGGGACAGUCCCAUUAUCUCCCUGAGCGAGCCGCUGAUGCAGCAAGCCGCUGCAGAUGCAGAUAAACCCAUCAGUACCGCAGCCUCCUUAUCUGAUGCCCCGAAGGCCGCAGAGCCUGGAAGACUUGAACAGCUCAGACCCCAGGAGCUCCAGAGAGUUGGGGAUCCAGCCUCAGAGAAGGCCAGAAUGAGUGAAGCCCAUGGCGGGAAGAAGAGCUUAAGCAUGCUUCAUUAUGUCCGGGGCUCCUUGUCCAAGGACAUCCCCAUCCCACUGUCUCACAGCGUGAAUGGGAAAAACAAGCCCUGGGAGGCCUUCAUGGCAGAAGAAUUUGCGCACCAGUUUCACGAGUCCGUGCUUCAGUCCACCCAGAAGGCCUUGCAGAAGCAUAAAGGAAGUACAGCCUUGCUUUCUGCCGAGCAGAACCAUAAAGUUGACACCUCCGUCCACUACAACAUUCCUGAGUUGCAGUCCUCCAGCCGGAUAGCGAUGCCUCAACACAAUGGGCAGCAGGAGCCCUCAUCUGUGCGGAAGGGCCCCAUUUCCCAGGAGCUGGACAGAGACUCAGAGGAGGAAGACAAAGAUGAAGAUGAAGAAGAAGAAGAGGAAGAAGCCCCCAGACCCAAAUGGCAAGGGAUUGAGGCAAUUUUUGAAGCUUACCAGGAACAUAUAGAAGAACAAAACCUGGAACGGCACGUUUUGCAGACCCAGUGCAGACGGCUGGAAGCCCAGCACUAUACCCUCAGUCUGACAGCAGAGCAGCUCUCACACAGCAUGGCGGAAUUAAGGAAUCAGAAACAGAAGAUUGUUUCAGAAAGGGAGCGACUUCAGGCAGAACUGGAUCACUUACGAAAGUGCCUUGCGUUGCCUGCAAUGCAGUGGUCUAGAGGUUACUUCAAGGGAUAUCCCAGGUGACGUUCCCUUGCACUAGGCCGAACAUAUAGUAUAGAAAUAUUAUCUAUUUUAUUACCUUGAAUAUUUAAUAUUUUUCACUGGGAGGUUUGAAGCUUAAAAAAAAAAAGAAAAAAGAAAAAGAAUUUGAGAAUGUGCCAUGCAUGAAGCAAAGGAUUCUGGGAUCCAGGAAAAAAACUUAAUCUUGACUGCAAUGCAAUCGAAUCACCUUUGUAAUUCUGCAAGCAGCCCAAUUAGGAAGCCCAUAGCUUUUAUUUUCUUUUCAAGUUGGUUUUGUUCUUUAUUGCCCCCUUUAUUGUUUUGGCUUUUAUAUAUACACAUAUAUAUAUAUAUAUAUAUAUAUAUAUAUAUAUAUAUAAGAUGAAGAUGAAGGUUUCAUUACCAACACUAAGACCCAUUCAGUGUUCCAGGAGUGCCUAUCUGCACUUGACUGGAUCAAACCAAUUCUGUAUUCUUUCUGUUGCCAUAUUAGUACUAAAAGAACUGAAUUUCUGCUCAGUAAGGAUGGAGUUGGCCUCCGUCUACCCCACAAGUAUAUGGCUUUCUUCAGUUGGAGAGGAGAUUGGGUGCAUUGUAAGUGACAGGAUUGUUCAUUUCAAUUACUCAAGUAAUUAUCUUCAGAGCAUCAUGUCCUGGGAGCAAACCAAGCCACAGUACUUGAGACUUUCCCUAAGGCUUUCCCACUGGAAAUGCACUUAUCAAAAAAUAAAAUGAAUAAACAAAUGGAGGGUACCUUUUUAUUAUGGGGAGGGGCAGGGGGGGUGUUAUUGUACAGAACUAUACAGAUACACACACACACACACACACACACAGACCCACAAUGUUGUGUUACUUCAGUGGGUUAUGUUUUCAUACAAACACAAAUUUUGAGAGAAAAAAAAAGUCAAAAAGGUGCUUCGGCCUUGUACUGUGUAUAUAUAUUAAAAAAAAAAAACAAAGUUUUGUAUGUUUUUAUUACUUUAAUUAUUGUUAUAAAAAGCCUGCCAUUUUUAAUAUGUGGUUUUGGGGGAGGGUUGGUUUGGGGGUUGGUUUCCUGUUUUGGGUUUGUUUUUUUUUUUUGGUUCUAUUUUUGUUUUCGUUUUUUGUUUUUGGCAAAAAAAAAAAUCUUGCUUUUAGUGUUUGUACCGCUGCUGGUCAGAACAUUAAAAUAUUGAAGCAUUUUAAAGAAUUUUUUAAGAGGCAAAGUAAAAGCUUUCCACUGGCGCAUAUGCUGUCAAUUCAUUUUCAACUUGUGUUGUACCAGAGAAUUCUUUCAAAAGCCAUGCAUCACUUCUAACCUCCCUCCUUCCCUUCCUCUGUUCUUUCUGUUGUUGUUAUUUUUUUUCCAGCACUUGGAAAGUAAAUUGCAAAUAUGACCAGCUGCUAUUGAGUGAGGAGGGGAUAGUCUGUGUUGGGAACAAGAUUAAAAAUUACUUUUGUGUGUUUUGUGCGACCGCGUGCGUGUGUGUGUGUGUGUGUGUGUGUGUGUGUGUGUGUGUGUUUUCAGAGACCUUUUCAGGAAGUAAAUGUUCUGUGAUCUAAAUCUAUGAUGUCUUACAGCAAUCUGAGCAGGUGCAAAGUAGAAAACUUUAGCAGCUUCACUUAGAUGCAAAGUUUUAAAAGCUUUUAAAGAGCCUAAACAUAGAGGUAACAUAAUGUCUGAUCUGAACUCCUCUUCCUUUUUAAUGGAUAUGGCAAGCGCAGGAGAGGCUAGAAACAUGAAGGAAGAACUGUAACUGUACAGAACAGGAGAGGGGAUUCUUUUAUCUUGCCUUAGCCUUCAUCCAUCUCUGCAUUGUUUGGGCAGAUUCACUGUGGAUGGGGAAAUUGGGUUGGAAAGAGGGAUCCCAUUCCCAGAGAACAGAAUGUUUUGGGGAUGUAUAGCAGAAGACAGAGUGGUCUUGUCGAUUUGUGAUGUUUGAACUUUCCCAGUUAGCUAGUGAGCAGUUGAGUUGCUUGGAAUGCUGCUCUUCAAUUGGUAAAGGGUGUCCCGAUCUUUUCUCAGUAUAGAUACAGCUUUCUAGCAGAUGGCAUUAACAUGGUUUUAUCUGUUCCUACACAGUUUGUUUUGUAUGUUUGCCAGGAAUCUUCCAGUUAUUAGCAAACUCAGACAAAAAGGGCCGCCAGUAUUAUCAGCAGUCAACAAGAACCUUCCUUUCCAGAGACAUUACUUGAAGAGAGAUGAAAGGCUGUACUUGUAUACCUCCUUCCCUCAAAAGACAUUGUGAAAUUUGCCAUGUACUCUGUAGGUGGAGCUUGGAGGUAAAGGAGCUAAUUUGCCAAAGACGAGGGCAAAAAGUAUCAAUGUACUUCCCAGAACAAAAUCUGCUUGCUGUUAUCUAGUCUGGAAUUUCUGAGGGAGGGGCCUUUUCCGCUGCUGGCUCUGCUCCAGAGCCCUUUUCCACAGUCCAUGGAAAAACUCGUCCUUUUUUUUUUGUUGUUAACUUGUGGGCUAGCCAUAGCCUUGGCUGAAGGAAACUGGGCAGGGGAAGGUUUAUCAGCUCGUAGGCCUGUGACAUCAUGGAAGAGGGAAAGGACAGCAAAGGACUUCAAGGAAUGGGGCUAGCCUAGAACACACUUCAUUUUAGUUUAUCUGGCCACCAGUUCCAGGCUUUGAGGAAUAUUUUGUUAGCUCUUACCUUGAAUGAACUCUCACUUUCACCAUCCUGGUAUAACAGCAGGCAAGAGAUGGUAUGGUUUCCAAAGGUACCUGUUGAUUAAUAGAUGGGGUUGAGACUACUCUACUAUCAAGAGAGCUUUGACUUCCCUUGUUUCUGAUUGGCAUUUGAGUCUCAGCUUGAUGUCUGAGCUUUCGGUGCCCAUUUCCUUAUGUAGGUCUCUGAAUACUCUUCUUCCUCAAAAAGAAAAUCGAAACCCAUAGAACAGCAAUGACCAUUAGGAUGAGGAACUAUUGAAAUAAAAAACACAUUACUGAAAUGUGUAAAUACCCUGAUGGGUUUUCCCCCUGGUCAUGUUUAGAACAGCACUGACACAGAAAUGAUUUACAAUUAUUUUCAUACAUUUCUAUUCUGAAAAAUGUGAGAAUAUGGCAGUCCAUAGUAUGUUUUUAAUUUGGCUGUGAGAAAAACUGACAAAAUACAAAAUUGGGAAGCUUUUUAAUUUCUCCUUGAGAUGGAUUGAAAAGCAGAAGAAAAAAACUUUAGAAUACAAAAUAGUAAAAGUUCAGAUAUUUAUCGUGAUUGGCUCUAGAUUUAAUGAUGCUCCCUUUUUCACGAUUUAUAUAGAGACUGGUCUUUAGCAACUAGAAAUGGCACGUCAUUUUUGCAGAAAUAAGACUGCAACCCAAACUCCUUAAGGGUACAGUGAUGAAAACAACUGCAUCAUAAGGUCCAGCAGCUAGAUAGAUAUUUGCACUUCACCCCCAAAUUGAAACAAAACAGAAUACUCCUGAGGCUUCUUCAUUCCUUGGACUUACAUCCCAAUGAUGUGAUUUUCCUAUUGCAAACAGACAUUCUGGAAGCAACACAUGGCUGGCUCUGCUAUAGAAGUAAGACACUUAUGGUAGUUCAAUUUCCAAAGGAACAGCUGAUGUCUAUCAGUUGUCUCAGAAAAGAUGAGAGUAACCCAAGAUGUCACCUUCAGUCACUUUCGUAUGUUAGAAGAGGUGACAUUAAUUUGGAAUAAUCUCAAUCAGGGGCUUCAGUUGGAGAAAUCAGUAAGUUGCCCUUUUAAGGAAAUUAAUUUCAUUACUCUAGAAAUACAUGAAGCUGUGAUUCAAAUUCACUUAUGAACGGCAUUUUAAAAACAUUGUACUGCCCCACAGUUGCCAUAUUUAUGAAGAGCUGAAUUUCAAAGAGGACCCAUUUAAAAAAAAAUCUUGUUAUAAAUGUAUCCACUCCAAGUUAUCUCUUAAGUUGCAGGAAGAUUUCAAGGAGCUGCCACUAGAUGGAGAUGGUCAACACGCGCCAAUUCUAGCACUCUUGACUGUAUAUUAGCCACUUGCAGCAAUUCCUAUACUCUUUAAAGUAACAAACGCUGUUGAUUCUUUUUUUUUCUUAAUCCUUUGGUAGCCUUUCCCCAACUUUUGGACCCUGUGCUUUACUCUAAGAAUU